GGGGCGAGGAGGAGGGGGCGGUGUAGUGUGGUAAUCAACGAGGGGUUUCUAAGUCAGCCCGAACCCACGCGCGAUAAAAUCAGCAAGUGAGCAUCGCCUGCAGAUGAAAAACGAAGCCAAGACGCGGGAUUUUGGGAACAGUGGGGAGCUUCUGCAGCAGUGGUGGUGAUAAUUUCAACUCGAACAACGACCGGGCCGCAAAACGGCCAGUCCCUCCGCCGAGGAAAACCAAAAUUAUAUCAACCGCUUUCCAUCUGUCCCAGAGCCCCUUUCCGAGUUCCGCUUCUUUGCGCCAUUCUACUUGGUCUAUUAUUUACUUUUUCUGCUGGCCAUGUCCUCCACGGUAUCGGCCACUCCGGCUGAUCCCACAAAGGGUAUGCGUAAAAACGGAAAAAACUGGCGUGAUACCAAAAAGCCGUUCCGUCCUAACGCAGGCCUGACCUCGUACGAAAAAAGAUUGGAAGCUCGCAAGCAUCAGGAAGCUGUUAAAGAACACGAAAGAGAACUCAAAGAAGAGAAGGAGGCCGAACGGAAGGCGCAUAUCCAGAGAAUCAAGGAGCGUAGGGCUGCAAAGGAGGAGAAGGAACGCUACGAGAAGAUGGCGGAGAAGAUGCAUCGCAAACGUGUCGAACGAUUGAAGCGUAAGGAAAAGCGCAACAAAUUGCUCAACUCGUAAUUGUGGUGGGAAAAAAUCUUCUUGGUUUCUUCAUUUCCUUUUCCUUUCCUUUUUUAUUUUUCCUUUCUACCCUCCUACCCUACUACUACUACUGCUGCUGCUAUUAUUAUCAUUAUAUUAUUUUACGCCCUAUCAUCAUCAUCGUCGUCGUCGUGUUUAUGAUUUGUUCAGCGUGUAUGGCGGGUAAUUCGCUCUUUCCUUUUUAUUUGCCGCGGUCUUAAGUUUGGUUCUCGGGCAAUAAAAAGACAGUGCUUACGGUGCAAGUCAUUGGUUGGAUGGCAAUACAAGGAGUUGGGCGUAUGAUAUUUGUGAUAUUUGCGAUAUUUGCUGUUUCACUCACUAGUUUGUGUUCGGUUCCCCUGAUAUGUACAGUUAGAUGGGACUAGAUAUAGGUGAUCAGAUUUGUCUUCUCUAUUUCCUAGAAAUGGUUCCAUGUGAGACCAUCGAACUAGUAUAAAUGAGGCCCGUUGAUCCCUUCCGAAAUUCUAAGAGACAUUAAGACACACCAGCUGAAGGCAAGCGUCGAUCAGUCUU